AUGUCGAAUGCCACCGUUCUGUCACUCCCCAACGAAAUUAUCGAUAAUAUAUUAUGGAAUCUUGAAACUGAUGCCCUAUUAAACAUAUGUUAUUCUUGCAAAAGGCUGUAUAUAUUAGCCAAGAAACACAUUCACCGAGAGAUCACUCUCUGUCCUCUUAGAACCCGCUCCCUCCUUAGUUUCAUUUCAAAUAUAGAAUCUCUUUCUCUCAAUCCUUUCCUGUUCAUCAGACACCUUACCUUCGAACCCUCAGGUCCCACCAAGCCAGCUUGCUUCCAUUUUGGCGGCACGCGUAGGGGAUACUUCCAUAGUGACAUCGGGCUGAUUCUUGGACUGCUUCAUCAUCUUAAAACCCUUAGGUGGACCCACCGCAGUUGUUUACCACAUGCGAUAUUGGAUCUUUCAUACUCGGCACGACCCGUUGUUUCUGGAGUAGAGACACUCAUAAUCAAGGGAAACCCUAAUUGUACGACUUCAACACUAGGUGUUAUUCGUAAAGAUGAAAUCAGCUUUUCGAAACUUCGUCGCUUGUCUUGGACGGGCAUUCGUAAUGAAAAUGAAAUCCGAAGACUUGCAACAUUCCUUAAAGAUUCUAGCUCUACUCUGUCGGCUUUUGAGUCGGAUUUCGAUUUCCCAAGUUUCAGUUUAGCGGUAGAAGGCUAUACAACGGUUGACCCUUUCUUUUUAUUGGAGAUUCAUAAGGAUGAUAAGAAAUGCAUAUUUCCUGUUCUGGAAGAGUUGAGUCUGUGCUCAUUUCCACGCUCUUUUGAACAACUUCUAUAUCUACAUGCAUUCAAUUUUAGCAGUCUCCGAAGGCUAAAGCUGCAACAAACUGAAGAUACAGCAAGGCUAUUUGGAAACAUUCUUGAAGCUGACAUUCCAAUCCGUCUAAAGGAGUUUGAAUAUGGCUUUGGUCGGAAAAAUAUCAACAUAGAUGAUAGUGGGAUCAAAACAUCUUUAUGGAAGUUUCUUGCGUCCUUUGAAGGGCUUGAAAAAUUAUAUAUCGCUGUUCAAAAUUCACAGUGGAACAUUUGCUCUCUCAUGCAAGGCAUUGCCAGGCAUCGAACUUCUCUCCAGGAACUGGCGUUUCUGGAUGAUGAUACUCCAGUUGUUUACAACAAUAGUAGGCUGUUUGCGCUCCUACUAUUGUCAUGUUCUGUUGAUUUGAAAUGCCUUAAAAUUUUAGCUUCAUUGGUAUUAAAGAGGACCAGCCACCUUCCUGAAAUAGCUGCAAGUCAAUCGAAGCUCAGAGUAUUGCAUUUGGAGAUACCAUUUCUUAAUCGACAGUUUGCCAGUUCCAUCAUGCAAAGCCUAACACUCCUUGUUCAGAAUCCUCAACUUCGGUGGAAACAGCGAAGUAUCUUACAUAACCAGGGUUACUAUCCUAUUUUGUCCCUUUCGAUAGACCGUAUCAUUUGCUUUGUACGAUGGGCAUUUGGACCUGACGGAUUUCGAAGCCUUGAGUUUUUGACAAUUGGCAAUUUAAGUUUCUCGUCAAAACGCUUAGAGACCAUGUUGGUUUUCAGAAGGCCAAAGGAUGUAGUUGUCAUAGGGAAAGAAUGGACAACUGUCGCCGUGUAUCCGUCUGUGGCUGCUUUCCAGGAACUCAGUGACGACCAGCAGACACUGGAACGAUUGAGCAGGUACACCGGCUUCUGGAAAUGCCUAAGUGCAGGGGAGGCGGGUAGCUUCUGUGAUUAG